UCAAGGUUUGCUCAAGCGUGCCAGAUCUCAUGGGGUGCUCCGGGCAAUCCGGUUGUUGCCAGCUGUGUACAACGACAGCACAGGAGGCCGAUGGCGGCCCCGUCUAAAUGCCAGGAGAGCCGUGGUCUUGAUUCGGAGGUGACCCAGACCGAAAACGGAACACCAGGCAAUGCCGACGGACAAGCGGGCGUCUUGCCGAGUGACAGGCUGGAUUCCCACGGGGCGACGGAGCCGGAAGGCGUGCCAGCAGGGCCCGAUGCAGAUCCGGGUCCAGCCGCACAGGUGAUUGCAACGCCGAUGCAGAAGGACACGCCCACGGAGCCAGCUGCAGACGGGGAAGGAGAAUAUGGGCAGCGCGUGGUGGCGGCGUCAAUUCGGGUUGAGGGCAUGACGUGUGCCGCUUGCUCCGGCACCGUGGAGCGAGCUUUGGCAAGGGCGGAGGGCGUGCAGAGGGCGAGCGUGUCCUGCGUCACGGGUGUGGCGCGCGUGGAGUUCGACGCGAACCGGUGUUCGGGCAAGGCUCUCUGCGAGAUGAUCGAGGGCGUGGGCUUCGGCGCCGAGGUAGAGUGCACGGACGAGGGCAAGAAGCGCAUCAUGGCGGCGUCAAUUCAGGUCGAGGGCAUGACGUGUGCCGCUUGCUCUGGCACCGUGGAGCGAGCCUUGGUGGCGGCGGUGGGCGUGCAGAAGGCGACCGUGUCCUGCGUAACUGGUCUGGCGCGCGUGGAGUUCGAUGCAGAGCUGUGCUCGGGCAAGGCUCUGUGCGAGGUGAUCGAGAGCGUGGGUUUCGGCGCCAAGGUCGAGACUGAGGAUGCGGUCGAGAAGAUGAGCAGCAAGGCCGCUCUCCACGUCGAGUCCAACUGCCCCAGGGAGAAGCUGGAGGGGUUGGUGACCCAGCUGGAUGGCGUCCUCAGCUGCCGGACGCUCGCCAGAGGCCACCAGCGCGUCGACUACGACCCGCACGUCGUCGGCGCCCGGGCCCUGCUGUUUCGCCUGAAGCAGGCGAUCGGCCCAGAGUUUGAGCUGCGCCCGACGGAUGCUAACAGCGCGGACGAGCAUCUUCUGGGCUACCAGGAGCACAUCAGCGGUCUCGUGCGGGACGCGACGUGGUCCACGCCCCCUGCUUUGAUGGUGUUCCUCUUGGAGAUUGUGAUCCCGGGCCUGGAGCUCGACGGCGACGUGACCCCGCUCGAGUUCGAGGUUCUGACGGGCCACGUCCCCCUGCGCCUCCUCAUCCUCGUGGUGUGCGCGACCAUAGUGAUCGUCGGGCCAGGGAUGCGCUUCCAUAAGGCUGCGGUCGGCGCGAUCAAGCGGCGUUUCCCCAACAUGGACGUUCUCGUGAGUGUGGCCGCCGGCACCGCUUACCUGUACUCGUUGGUCAUUAUCUGCGUCUGCGUCUCCACACCCACCGAUUCUCCGACGGUCCACGAGCUCAAGCACGCUUCGGGCCACUUCCUGGCAAUGGGUCCCAUCUUGAUCGCUGUGGUGAUUUUCGGCAAGAUCAUGGAGUCCAAGGCAAAGCUGAAGGCCAUGCAGGCGCUGGUCGACAUCCCCUCCAGCCUGCCGCCCACCGCAGUCAUCGUGGAGGAGAAGGGCGAUCAGACAACUCCGAUGGAGCUCGUCGAGAUUGGCGACGUGGUGCGCAUCUUUGCAGGCGGCCGCAUUCCCGUGGACGGCAGCAUGUGUUCGGACGCCGCCGUGCACGUGGACGAGUCGAUGCUGACAGGGGAGAGCAGGCCCGUCUCGAAGAAGAACGGGGACGCCCUCCUUGCAGGCACACUGUGUCUGUCUGGUGGCUGCCUCAUCCGCGUCAACAAGGUGGGAGGCGACACUACCCUAGGGCAGAUGACGAAGCUCGUCCAGGAGGCUCAGGCCAGCAAGGCCGGCAUGCAACGUGUGGCAGACUCCAUCGCCCGGUUUUUCGUGCCUGCCGUGUUCCUCAUUGCGCUGCUGACAUUCAUCGUGUGGACCGUGCUGGUGUUCACGGGGGCCCAGGAGCUUCCCAACACGAGCGACGAGGACAAUUCCGGCAUGGACCACUCGGGCCACUCGGGCACGGGCUCCAUGUACACCUCGGGCACGAGCGAGGAGGAGGACGACCGUGGCACGGGGUUCUUGAAGGUGCUGUUCUCCAUGAAUUUCUCAAUCUCCGUGCUGAUGAUCGCCUGUCCGUGCGCCAUGGGCUUGGCCGUCCCGAUGGCGGUCAUGGUGUCCGUCGGCAUCGCAGCCAAGCGAGGCUGCCUCGUGAAGAACGCAGAGGCCCUGGAGGUGUCCGCGCGCAUGGAUGUCCUGGUCCUGGACAAGACUGGCACCAUCACUGAGGGUGCGCCCCGCAUCACGCUCGCGGCCUAUUGCCCAGAGGUCUUCGCGCCACUGCAGAGCGCAUGGGCAUCGGUGCAAGCUACGGCGCCCCCUCCGGUCGCAUUCGAGGCGGCCAACACCGUGGACACCAAGGGGUCUGUUCUGAGCCCGGGGUCGUUCGGCGCCAAGAGCAGCACCAGCAGCGCUGGGUCCAGGCGCAGCAGGGCAGCUCCCGCGCCCACCGUGCAGGCCAUCGGCGAUGCGCAGAGCGGAAGCGACACGAAGGCCCUGCAGGACUGCUUCUGGUGGAUCCUGGGCAGCCUCGAGAGCACCAGCGACCACCCCAUCGCGAGGUGCGUGCAGGGCGCGGUGCAGAGGAUGCCGGGCCUGCCGCCCGCCGCGGGGCCGCAGGACUUCGAGGUGACUGCAGGCAGAGGCGUCCGGUGCAUAAUGAGCGAGCUGGGCGGCGUCACUGCCAGGGUCGGAAAUCUGAGCUACUUCCAGGAGAAUGCGGCGGAGCAGCAGCCGGAGUCUGGCGAGAAAGUGGUACAGUGGAUGAAGGACAUGCAGGGGCAGGGCCACAUUGUCGUCCUUCUCCACAUCGACGGUGUGCCGGCUGGUGCGGUGGCCUUGCGCGAUCCAGUCCGGGAGGAGGCCCCGGGUGUCAUCGACUACGUGCAGCGAAAGUUGGGUGCGACGGUCUGGAUGUGCACGGGAGACAACGCGGCGACGGCCCACGUCAUCGCGCGGGAGGUUGGGAUCGAGCACGUGAUUGCCGAGGCCAUGCCGGCGACGAAGAGCGAGUUGGUCGCGAAGCUGCAGAAGCCAGCCAAGCCGGGGAGGCGGCCGUUGAAGGUGUGCUUCUGCGGCGACGGCAUGAACGAUUCUUUGGCCCUGGCUCAGGCAGACGUCGGCGUGGCGCUCGGCGUGGGAGCCGACGUGGCGGUGGAUGCGGCGGACGUGGCGCUCGUGCGCGACGAGAUCGACGAAGUCGCGGCGUUCCUGGCGCUCAGCAGGGCCACUUUCAGGACGAUCCUGGUAAACUUCUUCUGGGCCUUCUGCUUCAACUUCGUCUGCCUCCCCCUGGCGGCUGGGAUCUUCUACCCGACGGCCCACAUACCGCCCCUCGUCGCAGGCAUUGGCAUGUCAUGCUCAUCCCUCUUCGUGGUCUGGACUUCCCUGUUGCUCCGUUUCUGGAAGCCUCCGCUCGUGUCGAGUGAACGCAUCCCUGUUGCACCCGCUUCUGGCAUCGCUUGCACCGAAGUAGUCGUCCUGGAUUCGCGAUAGGAGCAUCGUAGGAGCGCGCUGGCAGGCAAGCCUGCUGUUCUGAGAUCUGCCGCGGCCUCACCGGAGAGGAGGCCCAGCCGGGCGAACAUGAGAUCGACAGCCCGGUCAAAAUCCAAGUCUCCACCUCUGGUCGCUUCUCCACGCUGCUAUUGACCGUUUGAAUGUUUGGCCGUCGGGCCAGAUACGGGUCUUCACGUAAAGACGUGCCCGCUCCGCCAAGCACGGAGUGGCGCACGCUCCUUUAUGUCCGCGUUCCCAGCGGCCCUUAUUUUCAAUCCGCAGCGCCGCGUGUCCUGCCUCUCCUGCCUCCCUUCUCCCCCUGUGCUUCCCAGCCCGUAUGCCUUCCUGCGUCGUUGGCAGCUCGAAGCCCGCGUUUCUUGCGCAGCCCAGUACCCACAUCCCUGCGGUGCUCUGUAAAGGAGUGCGUGCUCUGACCCUAUCACGCGGGUGGGAGAAGCGCCCUCAGCCCAGGCGUGGCAGCAUUCCACCAUCAGCGGCUGAAGUGUAACACAAAAACAUGCACCCGCGGUGCGGGGCCACGCGCCUUGUGUGGCGCGCCGAUGCCUGGGACUGAACACCAUUGGCCUUGGCUGUGUUUGCUGCCUGGCGCGCCCGCUCCGCUCAUGCCUGGGCUUCUGUAGUGACCGGGCUCACCUGGCGGAGGCUGACUUAGGAGGA